AUGGCGCGUCGAUUACAUUGGAGUGGAAUUUUACUAUUGGAAAAUCAUAUUUCUCUAAAUAAAUUGAACAUUAUUCCACCAAGUGAUUGCGUAACCAUGCGAUGCAACCGUGUUCAUUCAGAGGAGGAUGGACAACGUUCAAGAACUUCUUUAAAAUGCCUCGUGAUGGGCCAUAAUACACUUAUGACUUGUAAUCCUUCAUUUGGUAUUAAAAUGCUUCAAUGGAAUGAAUUGGCCGUAUUUUUUGCAAAAUCUAUUUAUAGGUAUUAUACUCGUUCCUUUGUGUUUACUUCUAAUAAUCUUGAUUUAUCUGGAACGUCGAAUUUUACCGAGGUUUAA